CGUCAACUUGACAUACUUAUUAAUAUUUUUCACAAAUGUACACAAGAUGUGAAUAUUUAACCUUUAAAAUUUCAGUUUUUUACAUUCAAUUUUGGAUAAUCAUUUAACAAAAUGGAAAAUUGUUUAUUGUGUGAAAUAAAAUGUUGAAGAUACAGCUAUAAAAAAGCAGCAUUAUUGCCAUGGGCGCAAGAUGGCUGUUCCAAUUAAAUAUGUAAGGCGAUUGUAUCCGCUAGCAAGUCGUUGGAAUACAAUAAAAAAUUUGCAUCUGGGUAUUAAUCGUCCAGUCUAUUCAAUUACUUCAUACGUUACGAAUUUACAAAACAGUUUUUGUUAUCCACAAAAUGUAAAGAGAUCCGAAUACCGACAAAUGAAACAUGAAAGAAACAAUGACCGUAAACUAUUUGAUUCAACGAAGGUAGCGAAAUUUUUUAAAGGUUUCCCAAAGAAUUUCUUUUUCGGAAACAAAGAGAAGAAACCUAAAAACAUAAAACGCGUACCGAAAUUGAUAUUGCUUCAGAACCCUAUUAAAUGGUUGAUGAUCAAAAUAGAUUUCAGUGUAUUAAGAAACGUGUGGGAUCCAACGUUUGAAGAAAAAGAUUUCAAAUACGGAACUAAACAGGCAAUAUCACGGGUUACACAAGUUAUAAGCGAUGGUCAGUUCUCAGAAUUGAACGGUUUGCUUACGAAAGCAGCUCGAUUAAGUUUAUUGCGUGAAUUGGAUCGUAACUGGAGUAACAAGCAACGUUCGUUACUGGCACUUAAACAUGAGGACAUUCAAAUAUCGUCACCGAGAAAGGUCUAUUUUAUUAGGAUAGCUGAUAAAAAGUACUGUGACGUAGAUAUGGCAUUCUUGGCCCUGAAGUGGGUGCCAAUCAAUAGUGUUAACGUUUUGUUGUUCACCGAAAUAUUCGCUAGAUUUCAUCGCGAAUACACACCAAACUGCAUACCAGAGUGGACUAUUGCUUAUUUUAAGGUGACCCGAUUUGAAGUUUUAAAGCGUUAAAUAUAUUUUAUUUGUCUUUUA